AUGUUGUAUCUGACGUCGGACCUAUUUCCUAUCUUUGUACCAUUUGGGCUUAUUGGAUUCUAUCGUUAUUUCUGGUAUCUCAUCCGUUUCUCCGCCUUCAUUGUUUACCGCCCCGUUCCCCUUCCCGAAAAUCCGACAUAUAUCGCUUCUGAAGAUGUUACCAUUAUCGUGCCGACAAUAGAUGCAGGGGAGGAGUUCAAGGACGCGGCGCGCAGCUGGCUUGUUGGCAACCCCAAAGAAAUUCUCAUCAUCACCGAAGAGAAAAUGCUUGGCCCGUUACAAGAACUCGCUAAUGCUGUCGACCCUUCCCGAAUACGCGUUCUCACGGUGCCAUUCGCUAAUAAGCGAUUGCAGAUGAGCCAUGGCAUCAAAAACACCACCACCGACAUUAUAGUCUUCGCUGACGACGAUGCAAUAUGGCCUCCCACGUUACUUCCCUACAUCCUCGCCUGCUUCGAAGAUCAGAAAGUCGGCGGCGUCGGUACCAGUCAGAGGGUACAAGCUGUUGGUUCCAAGAUGACGGUAUGGGAAGUCCUCGCCGCCUUUCGGCUCACAAUCCGUAAUAUCGAGAUCUCUUCUUCCACGCACAUCGACGGUGGCAUUCCUUGUCUAUCAGGUCGAACAGCCGCUUACCGGACCAUCAUUCUCAAGGACCCAGAGUUUCUCCACGGCUUCACACAUGACUAUUGGUUAGGGAAAUACCAGCUCAACUCAGGCGAUGACAAGUUCUUGACGCGGUGGAUGGUGAGCCAUGGAUGGAGCACGUACGUGCAAUGCUGCAAGGAGGCCGAGUUGCUCAGCACAAUGAAGCCAAACUGGCGGUUCCUGAAGCAAGUCUUGAGAUGGACUAGGAACACAUGGCGUUCUGAUCUCCGGAGCCUUUUCACCGAGCGAUAUAUCUGGACAUCGCAUCCAUAUGUGGCUUAUACCAUGGUAGACAAGCUCUUCAAUCCUUUCACGCUACUGGUUGGUCCAUGCCUAGUAGCAUAUGUUAUCUACAAGAGUACUAUACCAGUCGACGAAGGGGGAUAUCAUUUACCGUGGUGGAACGUUCUUGUUUCGUACAUCGUUUGGCUGUUCGCAACACGAACGGCAAAGCUCCUUCCGCAUCUCUGGUACAAUCCAGGACACAUCAUAUACGUGCCGGCCUUCAUUGUCUUUGGCUACUAUUUCGCAAUAAUGAAGCUUUAUGCUCUCUGUACGCUUCACGAGACCGGCUGGGGUACCCGCUCAGGCAUUGGCGACAUUUCUGCUGCGACUGCGGCUGUCGAUGCAGGCUCACGAUCCGACGAGAAAACCACCGAGGCUUAUUCAAUACAACCGGUAGCUCAGCCGCAGUCGCCUUUCAACGACGACAAGUCAGAACGGCGGCGUCCAGAAUAUGAAGAGCCUACAUACGCUCGGUGA